GUGACUUAUCUUGACGCGGUACGUUUGAAGUUUGCGUUACGAUAACUCUAUCAAAUAUAUAUUCAUUGUAUAUCGUUGAGUCCUAGUUUAUAACUCAUACAUAGCUUUAGAAUUCAUACUUUAAUCAAUAUGGGUCGAUUGUCAAAUAAACGAGCACGGAAAAGCCCUAACUCUUCAGAUAUUAACAAUUCUGUUAUUUCCUAUUCUUCUUGCUCCACUACUCCUUUUGUAUCUGAUAAUGUUGGGACUGGUCUUACACCACACGUGCUGCCGGAUGACUCUGUUUCUAAUUUAGUAAUGAGUUCCACCUCAAGAUAAAAAAGGAUCGAUGAUAUGAAGAGUGAAUUAAACACUCUGUUUAAGCAACUAAGCGACAUGCGUUCUAAAUUCGCGUCACUUUCUAGCUCUUUAUCAAAGCAUGAUGAUCUUAAGCAAGAACUAAAGACACUAUCACCCUUAAAACUGCUUUUGUCAAAAGACAUCGUUCCUGCGGAACUUGAUGACAUCAUAAAAGCAGAAUCUGUUAUCGAUUUUAUCGCUAGUGAAGUUACCAAGCGAAUAGUCUCUCGUAAUAACGUGAUUGUCUAUAAUAUACCUGACAAAGUCCCCAUUAAAACUGUAAGAAAUUCGAUAUUAAAACCAUCUAACCUCCAAGACAGUCCAUGCCAAUGCAUCCGACUUACUAAGAAGCACCAGAAAUACUCGUGCCCGGUCUUGUUCAGGUUUGAUUCUCAUAUAUUAGCUGGACAGUUAAAAGAAUCUGAGCGGCUGAUAUGCGCGCUUACGAAGUUUAGAAACGCUCGCAUAGUCUCAGAUAAGACCACCAAUCAAAGACUUACGCAAAAACGUACCGUGAACGAAAAUAAAGAUGUUGAGAUCAUAAAAAAUCACGAUGCAUCAGCUGCUGGAUCCACUGAUACUGAUACCCUAUCUCAUGUUCUCCAGUACUCUGAUCUGCCAACGAAGAGUGCUAACUUACCUAUUAUGCCUGUAGUGACAUCUGAUAACCAAUGUACAUCUACUGAUUACACUAAUCCGAUAGUAUCCAAUUUACCAUUAGAAGCCCAUAAGCAAAUACCUAGUCCUGAUGCGACGGCUCUUAAAAACACUGUCAAGAUUAAAAAGUCUAUGCCACGUAAGAAGAAUGUUUGUACAGAACCUUGGGGUUCUAGACCCAAUAAUAAAAGUAUUACGAUGGCCCUACUAAAUACAAAUAAGACUAUACUUCCCGACACCAUGCUUUACCCAACGUAUCGUAAGGGAGGAUAUAAGGUCAAACCUGGUUCAAAUGUCUCACAAGACGGCCACUUCAAUCAUUAUGUAAGUAGGCCUAAUACUGGACAGACCACAGUAAACCAACGAGCCUCACGAGUACCCUCAAACGUUUUAAAUGAUAAACCUGUGAGACGUAACCUCUCUCAACACUUUCCCAUUAGGCAAGAUGGAUUACUAGGUUACCCAACAUCAAACGUUUUAAAUAAUAUACCAGUAACACGUAACUUUUCUCAACACUUUCCCAUUGGGCAAGAUGGAUUACUGGGUUACUCACCAUCAACCCAACCUUGUCUUAACUGUCCGCCUAGUCAAGUUCAACAAAUUAAUCCGCUUUAUCAAAAUAAUGAUUUUUUUUGGCCUUCAGAAAUCCCUGGUCCCACUAGCACUACAGUUUGCUCAAGCGAUCGCCCAUGUGAUCAGUCAAACAUAAUCAACCACAGUCUAUGCAAAUCCAAAAUACACGACAUCAAUAGGGAAGCUCUCAGUUUUUUUACACUCCAUACGCCCUUUCUAAAUCUAUUACUUAUCAAUGCACGUUCACUUCUGAACAAAAUUUCAGCCUUGAGAACAUUAGCCUUUCUAUCCAAGCCUUCUUUCAUACUUAUCACUGAAACAUGGUGCUCUCAUGCAGUAUCUGAUUCAGAAUUAAAUAUCCAAAACUAUAGACUCUAUCGCUGUGACAGAGAAACUAAGCGAGGAGGUGGUUGUAUUAUACAUGCUUUGGAUAUCCUAACAACUAAUAGAGUUGAAGAUAGUGUCCUGAAUAGUUUACCAGAAUCAGUCUGGAUAUCUGUCAACACCCUGAAUCAUAGUCUACUCCUUGGAUGUAUAUACAGAGCUCCUGAGAGCUCAAAUAAUGGGAAUAAUCUUAUUAUCAAUGCAUUCAUACAUGCAUCUGCUCUUAACUUUAAUGCUAAGGUUAUCACUGGGGAUUUCAAUUAUCCUGGGAUUAACUGGAGUACCGGUAGCUGUCAGUCAUGUAAUGAGGAGUUCUCGACAACCAUUAACAUGCACUGUUGGUCACAGUGGGUUCGUACCCCAACUAGAGGUGAUAGUAUACUCGAUCUAAUAUUUAGUAGAGAUAUUAUCCCACUGUCUGUAAAAGUAUACGAUGAAUUUGAAAGCAGUGGCCAUAAGACAGUAGUAUGGGCUCUCCCUAUAUUUCCCUCUUCUAACCGACCCAUUCAAAAAACCUGUCAAUAUAGAGACUUUAAGCAUGCCGACUGGGACCUCCUGCAUUCACUGAUUAAACUUUCAGACUGGGAUAACUUUUUUUCAUGUACUAAUCUCAUAGAUGCUAUCGACGAAUUCUAUUUGAUCGUUAACUCUUGUUUAGAUUCUUGUGUACCUCUUAAAACGUACAGAUUUAUUAAACCUUACGAAUUAUAUAUACCAGCUAAAUAUCGUAAUAAUCUAAGACGCCUACAGAAUCGUCAUUUCAAGUCAAACGACUUCACGGCAGCUGCGCAAAUAACAAUAAUUUUUAAUCAAAUUAAAGAGACACAUAGGUUAAAAGCCAUUAAUGAGGAGUUACUAGCACUUAAUAGUAACUCAAAAGUACAAAACCAAACUCUACUUCUCAAUAAACGCGCUAAAGUAACUCAAAAUAUUGAUAUACCAUGCAUCCAGCAUAAUAACACUUUUAUAUACGACUCUAAAACUAUGGCAGACCUUUUCAGUGGUACUUUUGCGAAUGAUGUAGGAACCACAAGUGGCUCUGCUUCAAGAGUUACGUGCGUGACCAGCAACUCCAUAAAAUCUAUCUCCUUCACAUGUAAGAAAAUUAAUAUGGCUAUAAAUGCCCUUAAGCUUUCGCGCGGUCAUGGAGCAGACGGGAUUCCAUCCUUUCUCUACAAAUACGGUGGUCCAGAUAUUCCACUUCUUCUUCUAAAGCUGUUUACUCUCUCUAUGGAAACUGGUUCUUACGCUUACUGUUGGAAAACCGCGUACAUCAUACCACGUUAUAAAUCUGGAGAUAAGACUGACAUGAACAAUUAUCGGCCAAUAAAUAUUACUCCAGUAAUCUCUAGGAUUAUGGAGAAAAUUGUAAGUGAUGAACUUUCCAACUAUUUACUCGCUGGAAACUUUAUCAAUGAUACUCAACAUGGAUUUCUCAAAAAUCGAUCUUGCAUGACAUGUCAUUUUGACUUCUUUAAUUUAGUCUAUUCUCUACGUAGCCAAGGAUAUCUAGUCUUAGUGCUAUAUCUGGACAUUUCUAAGGCCUUUGACAUGGUUAACCACCAACUUCUUAUAGGCAAACUUGCAUCUUAUGGGGUUCAAAAUCCUUUGCUAGAUUGGAUUGAUUCAUUUCUCAGCAAUCGACAUCAAAUAGUUAAAAUUAACUCUUCAUUGUCUAACGCUGUUCCCGUUAGAAGUGGUGUAACACAAGGUAGUGUCUUAGGCCCUUUGCUCUUUUUAGUGUUUAUCAAUGACAUUUGUGAAAAUUUUUGUGUAGGUAAGCCCCUUCUAUAUGCAGAUGAUCUUAAACUAGUAUAUUCAUUUUCUCCACAUGAGCUGGAAAAUAUGCAAACUUGCAUUAACUUGGAGCUUAACAAGGUAGCACAGUGGUGCUUAAAAUGGCAACUGGAACUUAAUACGGCUAAAUGUGGAUGGAUAUGCUUCGGCGAUACAUCACUUAACCUAGACCUUACCAUAAAUGGAGAAAUGUUAUCUAGGUUACAUACAGUAGUAGACUUAGGACUUAGAUACUCCCAAGACUUAUCGCUUACAGAACAGAUAUCGAAACAGACCUCCAAGUCACAACGACUAGUAGGUUACAUAAUUCGAAACCUUCAUAACAAUGAAUCACGAAUUUUAGUGUACAAAGUUUGUGUUCGACCUCUUCUAGAAUAUUGCACGUUUAUUCUUAGCAGUGCGCGCAUAGAGGAUAAAUUAAGGCUGGAAUCAGUACAGAGACGAUUUACACUUCGUAUUCUUGGAGCUGAUUGUACCUUAACUUAUAAUUCUAGAUGUAAAAAACUAGAGCUAGACCCUUUAUGGAAGAGGAGACUCAAACUAAAUCUUUUUUUUUUUCUUCAAACUACUUAAUAAAUUAUCCUUUACAUCCAAUCAUGUAAUUCAAUAUGCAGAAACUCCUCAUUAUGAAACCCGUAAUUCCUUGGCACUUGUGAAACAAACUUAUUCUAAAUCAUCUCUUUAUAUGAAUUACUUUGCCUGUAAAUUUUCUAGACUCUGGAAUAACCUACCAGAACAUAUCCGUACGAUAAAAUCACUCCCAUUAUUUGUACGUUGCAUCGAUGCAUACUGCUCCUCCGAAAAUGCAUUGAAUGCCCUAGCACCUGCAAGUGUAUCUCACUCCACAAGUAUUAUUAUAGGAACUUUAAAUGUUUAGGCAUUUUUAUUAGUGCAUUCUCUGGAUAAAACCACCAACUUGCUAUCAUUUUAUGUUAAUAACGUCCCCAGCUAGUUUAACUAAUUUGAAUAUCAUCAACAGUAUAUCACUGUGUCACAUGACAUACGCAUUUUGAUAGAUCUGAUUGACAUAUUUCGGUAAUUACUUCUUUGUUGUUCCGUGCUCUCUGUUUUCGUUUUAAUUUCUCUAGUUGUAGAUUAUUAUCAUUAAAUCGAUCUGGCACACGAAAUGACCUUAAUUACACCGUUCAUAAAUCAACAGGCUGUCCAGUUAGGAAUAUUACAUGUUCCCGGCUGAUGCAUUGGAUCGCUGUAAUACCUAAACAAUUAUUGAACUAGUAAACUUAAAACUCAUAUCACAUGUUUGUUCUGUACAUAUUAUUUAUAUCAAAUUGAUCAUGCCUGUAAACUGGCGUGAAUUCUGUAAAUAUCAAUUUUUCAGAAUAUAAAAUUAUUAUUAUUAUUAUUAUCGAUCGAAUCAAUGACUCGUAAAACCCGUACUCGGUUUAUAUACCAAACAAG